AUUGCAAUUUCCUCCUAUCAAUUUGUUUACCAUGUCAUAUGCUUCUAUCGCCGCACACGACGCACCUCCCCCUUCCCAACAGCCUCACGCUAAUCCGUCGCUCCUGAACACCCAUUCAUCUUCUGUUGACAAUAUUGCAGACGACGCUAGCAAAGUCAAUGUCGUGUCAUCAGAUUUCAGAGAAACGCCAGCUACAUAUACUUCCGAAAAUCGCCCUCCCGAAGACUUCAUUCGUGGCGAACUUCCAAGUUCAUCGGGUGCGGGCAGAGGCAAGAAGAAUUCACCGGGAAGUAGGCGCUUACAAGAAGCUGAAGCAGAAGGUGCCUACUUGUGGCAGCUCACCAAGCACUAUCUUUUCCGGCCAGGUGUGGCUGGUGGCCUGUUGGGUCUUGUAAAUGUCGGUCUUUUGUCAGCUGGCGGUUACGCAUUUUAUACAAGACCCGACCUGCGACGUGACAGAACAGCCAUCAGUUCUGCUAUCGCUAGUACAUUGUUAUUGCUCUCUGCAGAGGGUUACGCUGCAGAGAAGCACCUUCAGACACCCAUGGGAAGAGAGGAAGAGCACCGUGCGAGGCAAGAAGGCAUGUUGUUCUACACCUCUGCACGAGAACACAUCCUUCGUCCAGGUGUUUUGGGCGGUCUUGUUGGUCUGGUCAAUGUGGCCGUUCUCGGUACGGUUGGUUAUCUUGGUCUUAUCAACUGGGACAGGCAAAGGUGGGACAGGCAGAUUGUCUCUAUUAUCUCUGUGGGACUGCUCUCCUUGUGGGGUGCUGAAGGAUACCUUGCUGAACGCUUUCGAAAAGAAAAGCGAUAGGAGAGCCAACGCGGGUUGUGACGAAAAAGGGAAGAUUGUACACUACUUGAACUGUAAUAUGCAACACUGUCAUAGCAUUUGUGAAAUUGGACUUCUAGUUCUCUUCUUCUUACUGUAUCAUGUGCUUAUCUAAUUUGAGUUGAGGACGGGUGGCUCCGGGCUCGUUUGUAACUCCGCUUGCUGACGGGUGUAGACGUCGACAAGGAUAUUUUGCACACUUCA